UGUAAAUAACCCCCCGAGCCUCGCCUUCACCAGAGCGAUUCUCUCUUUCUCUCGCUCGCGCUCGCGCUCUUCUUUCUCUCUCUAAAACUUAUCUCAUUUCUCUCUCUUCUCUCUCUCCACUGUGAAUUUGAUUCUCUGAUUCCUGUUUGUUUCUUGAAACAGGAAUCAGAGAAUCAAGGCUCACCCUCGUUUUCUCCACAGUUUCAAAAACCACCCUCCAUUUCUCUCUCUAAAAUCUUAUCUUUCCCCUAGCAUUGCAUCCAUGCAGCUGCGCUCUUGUUCUUGAUCCAACAAAGAGAAGGAAUAAGGGAAAAAGGAGGGAAAUUUUGGGAAAAUGGGGACCGAUGGAGAGAAUAGCAAUAAAAUAAUCGAGGGGUGGUUAUAUUUGAUUUGGUCGAACCGGUUCGGAUUGCAGAGCUCUUCGAAGAGGUACUUCGCUCUCAAGGAAAACCAGUUGAAUUGCUUUAAGGCUCCACCUGUAUCAGACAGAGAGGACCCUGUAAGAAGUGCAGAGAUUAAUUCCUGUGUACGUGUUACUGACAAUGGACGAGAAAACGUCAGUAGAAAACCAUUAUUCAUCUUUACACUCUACAAUGCAUCAAAUCAUGAUGAUCGGCUUAAGCUAGGAGCAAGGAGUUCGGAAGAAGCGGCCAGGUGGAUACAUUCAUUUCAAGAAGCAGCACUAAAGGAGUGCCCUGAUCAAGAAAGGAACUUCUCACUUUGUUCUAAAAGGAAAUGGCAAUCCUUUAGGUUGAACCGUAACAGGGGAGCGACUCGCAUGUACUCCUCAGAUUUGCUCGAUUGGACUGGUUUUCCAUCAGUGCACGUUGAACCAACGACAGCUGAUGUUGUUGCACCAUCUCCAUGGACAAUAUUUGGCUGCAAAAAUGGUUUGCGAUUAUUCAAGGAAGCUCGAGAUGUAGGUUGCCAUGGAAAGCAUUGGGAUGACCAUCCAGCUAUAAUGGCAGUUGGUGUGGUCGAUGCAUCAUCAGAGUUGGUUUUUCAGACAGUUAUGUCUCUUGGCCCGUCAAGAACAGAAUGGGAUUUCUGCUUUUCUCGUGGAAGUGUCAUUGAACACCUUGAUGGUCAUACCGAUAUAAUUCACAAGCAGUUGCACAGUGAUUGGUUACCUUGGGGAAUGAAAAGAAGAGAUCUGUUGCUGAGGCGCUAUUGGAGGAGAGAGGAUGAUGGGACAUACGUUAUUUUGUACCAUUCCGUAUUUCACAGAAAAUGUUUACCUCAGAGAAGAUCCAUUCAGGCCUGCCUUAAAAGUGGAGGAUAUGUAAUAUCGCCAGUUAAUCAUGGAAAGCAGUCAGUAGUAAAGCACAUGCUUGCGAUAGAUUGGAAAUUUUGGAAAUCUUAUCUAUCUGCAGCAUCAGCAAGAAAUAUAACCAUUAAAAUGCUCGGGAGAGUUGCAGCUCUGAGGGAGAUGUUCAAAGCCAAGCUAGGAACCUAUCAAUGCUCUGACUUCUCAUCUGGUGAAUUGGCAAGGGAUAUUUUAUUGCCCCAGGGUGUAAGGGAGGACAUCAAGGUUGAAGUUGGGGUUCAGGUGGGGAGUGGUAAAAAAUCCAAGUCCUCAGAAGAAGAGGAUCUACUUAAACCAACCACUGGGUCUGGAUCUUUCCUUCAGCUGAAUGAGGUUGCAGAUGAAUUUUUUGACGUUCCCGAGCUAUCAGAGUGUGACCAAAAUGGUUGGUCUCCUGAUGAUGGGAGCGAAAUGCCCUCUCAAGAUCUUAUCCAACCUAAGCUAUCAUCAGCUGCAGUUUUUGUGAAAAGAUUGCAUGUAUUAGCUGGCGGAGUCCAAAGGAGGCCUUACAUAGAUUUAAGAGAAGUGUCUGAAGAGGAGGAAACAUCAUGCUGCUAUGGAGCAACUCUUCCAAAGGAUGCAACCUGUUCUAUGCCAUGCAGUUGGACAACAGCUGACCCUUCCACAUUUCUCAUUCGUGGAAAGAACUACCUGAAAGACCAUGAGAAGAUAAAGGCAAAGAGCACUUUGAUGCAAAUGGUCGGUGCCGAUUGGCUCAAGUCUGAUAAAAGGGAGGAUGAUCUUGCCGGCCGCCCGGGAAGCUUUGUUCAGAAAUAUGCUGCGCAAGGAGGCAAUGAGUUUUUCGUCAUUGUUAAUAUACAGGUCCCUGGUUCAACGACAUAUUCCCUUGCACUAUAUUAUAUGAUGGACACACCUGUAGAAAAAGUUCCUUUGCUAGAGAGAUUUAUCAAGGAAGAUGAUGCAUAUAGGAAUUCCAGAUUUAAACUAAUUCCAUAUAUCUCUAAGGGUUCAUGGAUAGUGAAGCAGAGCGUAGGGAAGAAGGCAUGCUUGGUUGGUCAAGCUUUGGAAAUAAAUUACUUUCAAGGGAAGAACUACUUGGAGCUUGGUGUAGAUGUUGGCUCAUCAACAGUUGCAAGGGGUGUGGUUAGUCUGGUCCUCGGUUAUCUGAAUAAUCUGGUGAUAGAAAUGGCAUUUCUUAUACAGGGAAACUCGGAAGAAGAACUCCCAGAAUUCCUCUUGGGAACCUGCCGCCUCAACCACCUCGAAGCCUCCAAAUCGGUGUUGGCCAAGUGAUAAUUUUUCCUCUUUCACAGAAAAUUAUAAAAAUUCCUUGAUUUCCCAUUUGAGAUUCUGUUACGACAUGAAAAUAUGGAUCAUGGGAGCUGCUGCACUAGUACCAAUUUAUUCUGAAAGCAGCCACAACCAGGUCUGUAUUUUCUCUAUAAUCUAUUUUAGUUUGGUAAAAAAUCUGUCACCAAUUAUAGCUGAAGCUCUCAAUCUGGUCAUGCUGGUUCUUUCUCUUGUGGGGGGUCUGCUAAAGAUCUGUAAAUUUUAUAAUUACAGUGGAAUUAUCCAUCCAUUCUUUGAUGAAUCAAUUGUAAGUAUUAAUUGAGGCUUCAGCUUUUCACAUAUCAUGAGCAAAAAUUCGUGUGUUUGUCAGUGUUAUUUGCUACUUAUAAUUAUUUUAGUUGAAUUUGUUUUUGUAUUAGUUGUA